AUGGAACGGUACUUUCAGAGAAAGAGUUUAAAUCCUCCUUCAAAUAAUUCGUCUAGUUCCAACCCUCCUUCAAAUAAUCCGGCUAGUUCCAGCCCUCCUUCAAAUAAUCCGGCUAGUUCAAAUCAUCCUUCAAAUAAUCCACCUACUUCACAUCCUCCCUUGAAUAAUUCGAGUAGUCCAAAACGAUUAGAGGUCACUGAGUUGGAUGAAAUAUUGGCUAAUCUUCCUGCAGACCCUGGACUUAGACCUCCAAUGACUUAUUAUAAUCCCAAUUUUCGAGAACAAAUCCGAAGAGCCUAUCUGCAAAGGAGUCCUUGUCAGCCUAAAAGCCAAAAUGACAUGCCUCAAACACUUAUGGGGGAGAAUAAUCGACGAAAGGCUGGAAGCGUUGUCUUCAUUGAGAAAGGGUUUAAAAAUUGGAGGAAGGGACCUGGGCAUUUUAGGGACCAUGUUGGACAAGUUGGAAGUCUUCACAAUAAAGCUACACAACAUUGUACAUAUUUAAUGAAUCAGAAGCAACACGUUGAAACCAUUGUGAUCAAGCAGACAGACCAAGCUUGUAGUAAUUAUCGCAUUCUAUUAACUGCCACACUUGAUUGCACUAGAUAUUUAUUGCGACAAGGUCUUCCUUUUCGUGGUCAUGAUGAAAGCGAAACAUCUAGAAAUAAGGGUAAUUAUGUGGAGCUUUUGCAAUUUCUUGCCAAUCAUAAUGAGAAAGUUCAUGCCGUUGUGUUUGAGAACGCUCCAAGGAAUCUCGAGUAUAUGGCUCCUAAAAUUCAAAAAGAAUUUGUCAAGUCUUGUGCCGCUGAAACCAUUGAUGCAAUUAUUAGUGAUAUGGACGCUGCAUUAUUUUCUAUAUUGGUAGAUGAAUCAUGUGAUGUUUCAAUAAGAGAGCAAAUGGCGGUGGUGUUAGGUUAUGUGAACAAAAAAGGGCAAGUAAUUGAAAGGUUUGUGGGUAUCCAAUAUGUCUCUGAUACGACUAGUAGCAAAUUGAAAGAGGCAAUUGAGCAGUUGAUUUCUUCAUCAAAUUUGAGCAUGUCCAGGCUACGAGGACAGGGGUAUGAUGGCGCUAGCAAUAUGAGAGGUCCUUUGCUCUACGGGCCUUCUGAGAAGUGGGCCUAUGUGUUUUUGCUUUUGGCCCAAACAAUUGUGAAUGUGAUGAUGUUGGUCCAAAAAUGUAAGCAAAAGCUACAAUCCGUAAGGGAUGAUGACUUUGAGGAUUUGCUUCGCGAAGUAUCAAUAUUUUGUGGCAACAAUGAUAUUGACGUUCCUAACAUGGAUGAUUUAUUUGUACCACAAGGGAGAUCAAGACGUAAAGCUCAGAAAAUCACAAACCGCCAUUAUUAUCGCAUGGACCUAUUUCUUACUAUCAUUGAUAAGCAACUAGUGGAAUUGAAUAAUCGCUUCACUGAGGUAAAUACUGAAUUGCUUCUUUGUAUGGCAUGUUUGAGUCCGGCUUAUAAUUUUGCAACUUUUGACAAACAAAAAAUACUUCGUUUUGCUAAAUUUUACCCUCAAGAAUUUAAUGACCGAGACCUCAUGAAGCUUGAAGAUCAACUUGGGCUUUAUAUUGUUGAUAUGCAGAGCAGCACAGAGUUUUCAUCAUUGAACGGAAUUACUGAUCUGGCAGAAAAAUUGGUGAAUACAGGAAGGAGUAGAAUAUACAACUAUGUGUAUUUACUUCUUACAUUGGCUUUAGUUUUACCCAUUGCAACUGCUUCGGUUGAGAGAGCUUUUUCAGCUAUGAAUAUUGUGAAAACACCAUUGCGUAACAAAAUGGGGAAUCAAUGGUUGAGUGAUAGUUUGGUUGUUUACAUUGAGAAAGAAUUUUUUUCUUGUAUUAGUAAUGCAAAUAUAAUGCGACGUUUUCAUGAUAUGAAACCUCGUCGGCAACAAUUAUAG